AUGUUUAGAAAGGGGGUCCGGACGUUCACCUCUACGGCCCUGAGGGCAGCCGAGACCGCCGCUCAGAUGGAAGCCAGGAACACCUAUGGUGUCGGGGUCUCCAAGGCGCAGGGUGUGGUGAAGGGCCUGACCGGAGCCGAGUUCCAAAACCCCGGCGGAAGCGUCAAGGACAGGGCUGCAUUGUUCGUGGUCAAGGACGCUGAAGAGCGUGGACUACUUAAACCAGGCGGGACUGUUGUUGAAGGAACGGCAGGAAAUACCGGAAUCGGUCUGGCCCAUGUCUGUCGAUCAAGGGGGUACAAGCUAGUCAUCUACAUGCCAAACACCCAGUCCCAAGGCAAAAUCGACCUGUUAAGACUUCUGGGCGCAGAAGUCUACCCCGUACCUGCUGUCGCAUUCGACAACCCAGAGAACUAUAACCACCAGGCCCGAAGACACGCUGAAUCUCUUGAAAACGCCGUUUGGACUAACCAGUUCGACAAUAUCGCUAACCGGAGAGCCCAUAUUGAAACCACCGGUCCUGAAAUCUGGGCACAGACGGAGGGGAAAGUCGAUGCUUUUACUUGCGCUACCGGUACCGGUGGUACUCUGGCGGGAGUUACCAGGUAUUUGAAGACUGUUAGUGACGGCAAGGUGAAGUCCUUCCUCGCCGAUCCCCCAGGAAGUGUGCUAUACAGCUACAUUACCAGUGGAGGCACUCUCAUAGAGCGUACUGGUAGCAGUAUCACGGAAGGCAUCGGCCAGGGCCGUGUAACAGAUAACUUGCAACCUGAUAUCGGUCUGGUUGACGGAGCACUCAACAUCAGUGACGAGAAGAGUAUUGAGAUGGUGUACCGCUGUCUUGAUGAAGAAGGCCUAUACUUGGGUGCCAGCUCUGCUCUCAAUGUGGUUGCUGCAAAGGAGGUUGCCGAGAAGCUCGGAAAGGGACACACUGUCGUCACUAUGCUGUGUGAUGGCGCUUAUCGAUAUGCGGACCGAUUGUUCUCUGAUAAGUGGUUGAAGAGCAAGAAUCUUCGAGGAGCUAUACCCCGACAUUUGGAAAAAUAUAUAGUGCUGCCGUGA